CUUGUGGCGAUCGUACGGAGUAGAUGGUGCAGUGUCAGUGACGGCGACGGAGUGUAGUGCGUGUGCGCGAUCACCAUGGCGUCGUACUACGACCGCAAGGACUAUACCAGGCCCUUGCACGUGGAUUGUAGUGUUGAGUACGAACUGCCCAACGCGGCCAAGCCUCCAGCGGGGGCCAGGACCGAACCUCUCCUCAUGAUACACCCGUGUUAUUACAGGCGGGCGGAGAGUCAGAGGAGAUCACCGUUCAUCAACAACCUGCCGGCGACCCGUGGGGCUCAGUACCCUCCAGUGCCACAGCCUCCUAGAUACACCAAGCCUCCUCGGGAUCCUCUGUUGUGUGGGUCGUCCGGGGACUCCGGCGUGUCGGGGGUCGGCCAGUGGACGGAUACGUCGCCGCUCACCCAGGAGUCACGUCUACACGCCGGUCACGGUCCCGACAGUGGUAUCGUGGACGACAAGUCCGUGUUGACGGCUCUCACAGCCCCGUGCUGGGAGGCGCCCACGGAGCCCACGUCUGCCCGUCUUUAUGGUACCUCGAGAUGUCAAACCAACACCAUCAGCAAUCGAGAGCUGAGGGAUACGACGAACCAGACGACAAACCAGACGACAAACCAGACGCAGAACCAGAGUUCCAGGCACAGCUGGGCAGUCACAUCAGAUUUGCUGAGCAUGCCGUGUACAGAGGUGAACAACAACAGUGGUUGUGGGGGAGGCAUGGCUGCAGGAGCAGUGGCCGGAGGCCCCGCUGUGGGGGUUGCUGCUGUAGCUGCUUGUAAGGCCUGCCAACCACAGUUCCUACAUCCUCAGCAACAGAGAGUCACUCAGCAGCCCUGGCCAGCAGUCACUCCUACCAGCAGACAUAGGACCCGAGCAGUGGAGCCUGGUCCAGAGCAUGCAGCGUCGUCGCUACAUCGCCGCCCUCCACCUGCAUGGCCUGCUCCCCCCGCCAAGCGAGCCCGCCCCUCCUGCUGCAAGGUGUGCACCCAGUGGAACUACCCUCACUGUCGAGUCACCGAUGACAACUCUCGAGUUCUGUGGAACAAUGACACCAUGCUCAGGCUCUACCAAGUCUAGGACUGCUCUCGUCUAACCACUUAUUUUGCCAAAGUUUAUAUUAGUUACUCCGCUGUAAACUUAUUUAUACGUAUUGCGGGUAUACAAGUGCCGCGAGGAACCGCCAUACGACAGUCAUAAGAUAGUUCCUGAACGGACACUCAGCGUGUGAGUGUUUAGCGUAGUCCACGCCGGGGCCCAACUCCCAGGAGAGAAGUCGCAGCCAAAGAUUCUCGCUUCGGCUAUAGUCCCCCUCCGUUCGGUUUAGUGCGAUAUUUAUAUAUUGUGAUAAGUUGAUGUGUUUCCCAAAGACUGGCUCCGGCCCCGGCAGUAUUGUUCCAACUGAGCCUAGAAUGUGAAACAGGGAUUUUGUCAGUAUACGCUUUUAGAUGGCUAAGUAAUCUUCCAAUGUCCAUUGAACAUAUCAGAGCCUGCUUACAUUCCAAGAGAUCUGCAGGCUGAGCUUCAUCCAAGCUUUGCUUUCACAAAAUCACUGUCCUUCAGUCAGUCAUUGUGUUAUUUAUUAUACUUUUUCUCACUUGCUUAUUUAGCAUUUGAUGACAUUUUGAUUUUUCAAUAUUAAAAAAUACACAUCCCUCCUCCUGCUCCUAUGUGUAACAUACUAGUUUUUACAAAAUUUUAAAUAUUCUGCUCUUGAGCAAUUUCGAUCACUAAAUAAGGAUCAAAAUAUUGUUUACAAUGUCUAUUUCAGUAUUAUUUUGUAAUAUUGAAUAAUUCCAUUACAAUAACUGUUUAAAGUUAUUAAUUAAAAGUUAUUAUUAAACAGUGAGUGGAACUGUAUUAGUUUGGCAGCUGGUGUUGGUGAUAUGAGUUGUCUUUGCCAACAACAUCUGACAGUCUAUGACGUGACGUGUUGUUGUGAAAGUAAAGCCUGGCUCGCUACACUGAGACUGACAUUCUACUAUUGUAUGUUCGCUAAAUACCAGUACCCAAAGUGGACUGCUAUUUUGGCUUCAAGCCUUCCUAUGCCUUAACUCAGCCUCAUUUCAUCAUGUCUACAUUCAAGGUCUUAAGUGUUACCUAAAUUCAAGUUAUUUAUAUAUUUUCAUUAACAUUGAUCUAUGUUUUCAUCGUGAACUAUUUUUGGAAAAUCCUCUCUUGAUCAGUACUGAUAUUUUGCGAACUCGAAUGUGUUUCAAUCUUAUCUAAUUAAAUUAUGUAAUCUGAAACAUUUAUACUAAGGGUAAUAUAUAUAUAUGUGGUUCCACUUUAGAAGGCUGAUUGUAAGGAGUCAUAUUAAAAAAUAGGAAAACCGACAAAAAUAGUUUGCCUUGAACCUCCUUACUGUAUCUAUACAAAUAUUAUAUAUUAUAAAUAAAUAAAUGUUAUAUAUUAGACUGUUGUUUGCUUAGGAGAGAAUGUAGAUUAUAGUUGGGGUAUGUGGCGCCAUGUGUGGCCUUUAGUGUUAACCUUUGCUCAAACAUUGCAGUUACAAUUGCAGUUGUCCUCAUUUUCCACAUGCAAUAAUAAAAAUUCAAAUCGAUUAUAAUAAGAGGACAAAAACUAAUAAUACUAAUGUUUUGACUAGAACUGUUAUCUAAAAUUUAUGUUUUCAGUUCUAACAAAGUAGAUUAAAUCAAAGUUGUGUCUUCAUGAACCUAUUUAAUUGUCGAUGGUUUAAAAAAAAUCAUUUUACAUGUUUAUUUCUUAGUUUUUAGUUAAGUUGCUGCAUAGUAACACCAUCAAACAGUGAGUUUUACUGUACAUGUAAUGUGUAAGGUGUGAGGCAGUUGGCCCAGACCAGAGCAUGGAAUGUAGCCAAGUCAACCCAUUAAUGUAUACAAAUGUUUAUUGUUUAAUGUUAUGUUCACUAUACUGUUUGACUGUGACUUGGCCAGAUGCCAUAACCAUAAAAAUUGUUAUUAUAUAAUUUGAUCAACUUUGCCAAAACAUGCAGUAUAUAUUUAUUAUACAAUCCACUAAAACUAACUAUACUAGUCUUCAUAAAACGUCAUGUUUUAGUUUGACAACACUUCCUAGAAGUUCUGGUUGUUAUUUGAACAAGACUAAGCCCAUAUUUGUAAAAUUUUGUUUGUAACUCUUUUUUGAGAGUAUUUUUGAAAAUGUCACCUUUAUUACGCUUUUUAAUUUGUUUUGUUUUUCAAUACAACUUCAAGUUUGUUUUUUAAUCCACCCCUUUUCCUGUAGUCUAGUGCCUGCCUCUAAAAGACAAUAACAACUUAAGUCAAAAUCUUAGCCACACCUUGGUGCCAAUUAUUUGGAUAUUGUAUCGCCUUGAUAUUUAUAGAUCUUUUUCUUUGGCUGGGUUAUUUAAAAAAUAAAACUUUUUACACACUUAUAGUUAUAAAACUAUUUUGCUAUGCGUAAUAUUUUACUAUUCACGAUCAUGCUAUGCAUAAUCAUGAACUGAUUUAAUCAGUCUACUUUUUUCUUUUUGUAACUAAAAUCCUUCUUGGCAAACUGUUUACGUGUGUUGAUUGUAUUUUUGUAUUGUAAGCUUACUGUACCUGUUUGCAUUACAUGUCCCUUCCUACAGAAGUUUUUUUAUUUGUGCAAUGGUUGAGCAAAGGUUACCCAAUAUAAAUGCAGUAGCACUGUCAGUGUAUCAUGCAACAAUCUUGUAUCAUGUAUUGUACAAUAAUUGCUUUGUUUUCUUUGUUAUAUGUUGUUGUUGCGGCGCCACAUGCAUUUGUUGUCUGUCAGGUUGAUUGUAUAGAGGUGACCUGAGGGUCGACUUUUCGUGUUCGAUUUCUUUCAUUCAAAGUGACUGUGAUAAUGCGGGAGGAUAUUGAAAUAAAUGAGAAUAAAAAUAUUAAAAUAACUUUA